UGCUCCGGUGCAGAGCAGCUCCGAGGGAGAGCAGCCGCCCCGCCGCCAGCCCCGGGACGUUACCGCUGGGGAGGACGAGAAGCGUCCGCUCCGCUCGGCUGGAGCAGGAGCCCCCCUCGGGACAGCCCCGCAGCGGGAGGAUGGAGCCCCCCGCCGCCGCCUGCGCCUCCUGCCUCCGCCGUCCGCUGCUCUGCCUGCUGCUCGCAGCCCUCUGCCUGCCGCCAGCUCUGGGAUUGUACACAGUAAAUGCAGUAUAUGGAGAUACUAUUACUAUGCCUUGUCGUCUAGAAGUACCAGAUGGUCUUAUGUUUGGAAAAUGGAAAUAUGAAAUGCCGAAUGGAUCUCCAGUAUUUAUUGCCUUCAGAUCAUCAACAAAAAAAAACGUGCAGUAUGAUGAUGUACCAGAGUACAAAGACAGGUUGAGUCUCUCAGAAAACUAUACAUUAACCAUCAAGAAUGCAAGAAUCAGUGAUGAAAAGAGAUUUGUAUGUAUGCUUGUUACAGAAGAUGAUGUUUUUGAAGAGCCAACGAUAGUCAAAGUCUUCAAACAACCCUCUCAACCAGAAAUCUUGCAUCAAGCAGACUUCUUAGAAACAGAGAAGCUACAAAUGCUUGGGGAGUGCGUUGCGAGAGAGAGUUAUCCUGAAGGCAAUGUUACGUGGUACAAAAAUGGGAGAGUUUUGCAGCCCAUAGAAGAAGUUGUGAUCAUAAAUGUGCAGAAGAUCGUGGACAAGUCAACUGAACUCUUCACCAUGACAUCAUCUCUUCAGUACAAGCCGACAAAGGAAGAUGCGAACGCCAGGUUCACCUGCAUUGUGACAUAUUAUGGACCAUCUGGCCAGAAAACAAUACAGUCUGAACCAGUUAUCUUCGAUGUUCACUAUCCAACAGAGAAGGUGACUAUUCAAGUGCUGUCACAAAGUAGUACGGUUAAAGAAGGCGAUAACAUCACUCUGAAGUGCUCAGGAAAUGGCAACCCUCCUCCACAGGAGUUCCUGUUUUACAUUCCAGGAGAAACAGAAGGCAUAAGAAGCUCAGAUACUUAUGUAAUGACAGAUGUGAGGCGAAAUGCAACAGGAGAAUAUAAGUGUGCUCUGACUGACAAAAGCAUGAUGGACUCGACCACCAUCACUGUGCACUAUCUGGAUGUGCAGCUCACUCCCAGUGGAGAAGUGACCAAAAAGGUUGGGGAAGCUCUGCCUGUGUCCUGCACCAUUUCCUCGAGCAGAAAUGCCACUGUGUUUUGGAUCAAGGACAAUACCAGAAUGCAAACGAGUCCAUCAUUUUCAAGUCUUCAGUAUCAAGAUGCUGGAAACUACAUCUGUGAAACUACUCUACAGGAGGUUGAAGGUUUAAAGAAAAGAAAGACACUUAAACUUAUUGUGGAAGGAAAACCUCAGAUCAAGAUGACAAAGAAAACUAACACGAAUAAAAUGUCUAAAACGAUUGUCUGCCAUGUGGAAGGUUUCCCCAAACCAGCGGUGCAAUGGACAGUUACUGGCACUGGAAGCAUCAUAAAUAAAACAGAGGAGACCAAAUAUGUUAAUGGGAAAUUCUCCAGUAAAAUUAUAAUUGCUCCUGAGGAAAAUGUGACUUUAACUUGCAUUGCAGAAAAUGAGCUCGAAAGGACUGUGACCUCUCUGAACGUCUCUGCCAUAAACAUUCCAGAAUACGAUGAGCCAGAGGACAGAAAUGAUGACAAUAGUGAAAAGGUUAAUGACCAGGCAAAGCUAAUAGUGGGGAUUGUAGUCGGUCUUCUGCUGGCUGCUCUGGUUGCAGGUGUUAUCUACUGGCUCUAUGUGAAGAAAUCAAAGACAGCAUCAAAACAUGUAGACAAAGACCUUGGAAAUAUAGAAGAGAACAAAAAACUAGAAGAAAACAAUCAUAAAUCUGAAACUUAAGAGAAAAUGUGUCAGACAUCACCCCAGAGAAUACAUAUAGAUCAAUUGAAGCAUGAAUGUGGAUUGUAUUUAAACAUAUACGAAGAAGUGACAGCUAUUCAUGGUUCAAGUAUUAAACAGAUCAUACUCCCAAGCUUUCCAAGGAUUUUAAACACGAUUAUCUCAAGCUAAAACUACCCCAACAAACUAAUGUUGGCAACAGCCAUGGUAUCGGUCACCACGUUGUGUUCUGUUUGAAAUAUGGUUUUGUAAAUGUCUGCACUGAAGAGUUCUUUUUUGUUUGCCUUUAUGUAAAUUUUUUACGUAGCUAUUUUUAUACACUGUAAGGCUUUGUUCUGGGAGUUGCUGUUAAUCUGAUGUAUAGUGUAAUGGGUUUAUUUCGGUUGUUUUUAUGACACCCUUUGAGCAGGUCCAUGUCUAAUUCUGAUUGUUAUCAGUGAAGCCUCUGCUUGGUAGCAAGUACCUAAAGUGUAAGACUGUCUUAAAGGGAAACGUCAAACUCCUUCUUCAUUCCCUGAAAUCACAGUGAUGGGGAAGGGUGAAAGCUGUGACAACAAUAAUUGGUAAUAAGAGUGAACGCUUACAAAGCCGUGCGAAGCUGAGCAGACAGAAGGGGAACAAGGAGUUUCCACAGAGAAGUCUGGCUAUGAAAGCAAGGAAAACAAUGACAAUUCCUAGCCUGUGUACAGACGGUGUCUAAUUGUCCUUUUCUUCUAGAGCACGACACAGCUGAUUGAUAACGUUAACAGUCAUCUUUCACGUUAGAAUUAGGGUAAGGAACCGGAAUUGUGGAUUACUUUUGAUUCCUUUAUGUUAUCCGCUGCCUUAAAGUACUGUACCUUUCCUUCAUUUCACAAUGAUACCAGUCAGAAUUGGAAACCUUUUUUAAAAAGUGGUCAUAUCAGAGCUGCAUUUUUUCCACAAAAAUAGAAUAUAUAUAUAUAUUUUUUGUGUGUUUUUGUUAACUAUGCUACAGAUAUUGAAUGCACCUUGAGAUAAUUCUAGUGUUUUUAACUGGUACCUAAUUUAUCGAACAGUACAUAUAAUUGUAACAAUGAAAUGUCUCUGUACCUUUAGUUACAUUCAAGUUUGUAACUUUAUAAACUUGUUUUAUGCUUGAGGGAGUUUUUAGAAUGGGACUGAUCAGAAGUUAGAGGGUAAAUGGCCAACAGAAAGUUGUACUUAAGGGAGAGAAGUUUGAUCUUAGGCAGAAGAUGAGUCUGAAAGACAGUAACAGGUGGCUUUGAUGGAGGGGAACAGUAGAGUAAGCAGAACAUCAGGUUUCCACUUACAAAUAUCCAGGGAAAAGUAAGUUUUUAUAGAGUGGUAGGCAAAAAGAAUAAAUAAAUAAAUAACUAGCAGAAAAAGACGGGCGUUAGGAAAUGUAUUUUGCCACUUUUGCAUUAUUUAGGGGGAAGAAAAAACACUGUUACUUGUAAAUUUGUGAAGUGUUAAAUGUCUGGGCGGUAGUGACUGAUGUCUUAAUAAAAGCUUCCUGUAGUGCAUUGGCAUGGAUUAAAAUACAGAAGAUGUCCUUUAAACUCUAUGAUGUAUAUUAGAGGGAAAUCCUGGUUUAUGCCUCUAAAGUUUGAUUUGUUACUGUUUUAUUUGGCAAAAGGCAAAAAAUUACAAUCUUGGUCAAUAUUUAAACCAAAGUAAAAUGAGGGGAAAAAAACCAAAGUAAUUUGUUUUGCAUGGCAAAGCCAUUCUGUUAUCUGUAAAUAUUGUGAUUUUGUUCUUUCCUUUUUAGAAUUUUGUUUAAAAAAUUCUAAAAUUUUUAAACACUGUUUUUUUUUCCAAAAAUAAAAGGUGAACACACAAAAAAGUUCCUUUCUGUACAAAUGGAUCUUUUGGUGCAAGAACACUGCCAAGUGAUCUGUAUUUUCUAGGAAACAGCCACCACCAAUGCAGUGGGCAUGACUCUGACCAGGACCAGCGGUACCCGAGUCCUGUGCAGGAGCGUGCAAACAUCACCUGUCUGUGUUUAUAACACUACACAUAGUCCUUAAAUGCAGAGAAGAAACCUCCGAAGAGCAAAGGGAAAGCAUAGGGAAGGGCUGAACAUUUUCAUACCACUGUCUGGGGAACACAGGGGAGAGGAGAAGAAAGAAGUCCUUCAACUUCCACAGCUAUGGACAAGGAAAUAAAACAGCUCCUCACCUUUUGGGAUUCUGCUGGAUCUCCUAUGCACUUUAAAUUGCCAGUCCUGGGAGCUGGGUUUUUCGCUGCUCCGAGUUCACUAUGGGCACGUUUCAGGAACCAAGAGUGCAAAAGAGUUAAUGUUUCUAUCCAUGCCUAAACGACAAUAAAACCGAAGUAUGUCUUCA